AUGCAAAAAUAUGCCUUCAAAAAGGAAGAAAUGACAAAAUACAGUAAGGUGAUGGGAAUUUCAUAUCUUCAAAGAGUUGUUUACUUAUUCAUUUUAGAGGCAAACUUUGAGGAAGUGAACUAUCAGAAAGAAUUGCUAAUUGUUCCCAAAUAUUCAAUUUACAUGCACCAAUAUUCGACACGUCCAGUUCAAAUGUUGAAAUUGUUUUUGGACAUUGGAUAUUUCAUUCAACACUAUGUUCCUAAAGAUAUUGGUUCAGAAAUGAGGCCAUAUAGGCCUGCAUUAGAGACACCCUUUAAAAAUCAGGUUGGAUUAAUUGAUGAACUUACAACAGACAGAAAAAUCAAACCUCACAAAAGAAUGAAACAGUAUAAGCAAGUUGUUGGAGUUGUAAACAAUAGUGAAGAUAUCUACAUUGUUCGAACCACUUCAGUAAUUAAGGAUGUAAAUAAUGAAGAAAGAAAUAUAAUAAUGAGAUUAGUGAAUAGGAAGGAGUAUUGUCUAUACCUUCCACAAGUGCUUAAUAUUUAUUCCAAUAGUGUUGAAUUUGAAAAGCUUCAAUCCAUUAAUGAAGAUGAUUGCAAUGAAUCAUAUCUCUUAAAAUUGGCAAGUGAUAUUUCAAUAGCUAUGGGUUUUCUUCAUGCAAACAAAAUAGUUCACAGAGAUAUAAAACCAAGCAAUAUCAUGAAAAGAUCAUUCAAUAACGCAAGUAAUAUUUCAUGCUUUGUUUUAAUAGAUUUUGGUGUGAGUUUUGAGAUUGAAGAGGAUGAAAAGGGUUAUUAUUAUGAAGUGAGAGAAAACGAAACUGUGCUUGCCAAUGAAAAUGUGGGAACUCUUCUGUUUAAAUCUCCAGAGGUUAGCCAAGAGCUCAAUUAUAAUGAAAAAGUAGACAUAUACAGCCUUGGAGCUUCACUUUUAUAUUUGAAAAAUAGGACGGUGUUCACUGCAGUAUUCGAAAAUGCUAUGGAUGAGGAAAAUAUCAACUUACAUCUAAUAAUGAAAACUAUCAAGUGGGAUAUUACUGAAUUUGGUGUGAUGGUUUUAAAAAUGGUUGAUUCUGAUCCACAGAACAGACCGUCAGCAAAAGAUUUAGAAUCAUUCUUUACAGACCUUUACACGAAGAAUAACUCUGGUGAAAACUGA